CUUUCUUUACCCGGGUGCUCUAGUCUUUGUUAUUGGCGCAACGAAAACUGGUACUAUAGCGUGCCGUUGGUUUGUUCUAUCCAGUGCCAAUUCGUCCGCUUGCUAUUCAUUGGGGUUUUGAAAAGGAAGCAGACCAGCUUGAAUGAACCUUUGUCUGUCUGAUCAUUACCAUUACAUACGCAGCCAGCGAAAACGAUGCAAACGUAUAGUCGCUGAACGCUUUCAGUGUAGCUUCACCUUCGUUACUUCCAGAAUCGUUUGGCGCAGUCCUACAAACAUUAGAACUGUGGUCGUUCUUUUCGGCGAACAACCCUAAUAUUCCUUAUAUCGACGCUACUAAUUACCAGUAGUUGAUGGCACUAAGACAGAAUGUGAACGGAUUGUGCUUUUAUGGGCUAACUCUAUGUAGAAAAUGCCAAUGAUACCCAGAUGCGACAACUAUUUGAUUGAGAUAAACUGUCCGCAAGAAGAAUACAACACAAGGAGGCGAUACUUCCUCGACAAACAUUUCCAAAAAGAAAAACUGAGUAUGAAAAAAACACUACGCCGUAAAGUAUUCAUAGCGUCAAGGUAUAUAUAUAUUUUUUAUUUAUAUGAGAAGAACGUUGAAUGCUGUCGUAUAGAGCGGUGCCAGUGAACAGUAUUAGAGAAAUUGACGGUGUUUUUUUCGAUUCACCACAAAACUGCUACGAUACUUAGUUUCUGUACCGUAACUGGAAGAGUUGACAAAUGACGUGUAUAUCGUUGUGAGUUAUUUUGUGUUCUUACACAAGCAGAAAGGCAAAAACGAAGAUGAAUAAGGAACACCUUGGCUACCUACUGGUAAUUGGCCUAUGCAGCGUGAUUGUUACGGGCCGUAUCCUUCCAGGGUCCCGUUCAACACACGUUAACGGAGUUCCGCUUGAGAGGGAUGGUGAUUUAAAUGCAGAAUUCCAUAAAGAGCUUAUUGUGGGCUCAAACAUAACCGAUGGAAAUACCACAUUAGGGCUCACCCCUGAGCACGUUCUUGCUCAAGUGUUCAAUAAUGCCGAUGUCGACAAAAAUGGCCUCCUUGAUCUACCUGAACUUCAGACGUGGAUCAAUGCGAAGGUAAAAGACCACUUUAUACAAGCAGCUAAGGAUAAUUUUUUCACGUUUGUGAGCAUGGAUAAUAACCACAAUGGACGAGUAUCUUGGGAGGAAUUUGCCUUUGGCACUCUCAUCAAAAGCGGAUACUCGAAGGAGGACUCCAACAAAUACAUCAGGGACCUCAAAGGGCUUCCGCGCAAACUUAAAGAACAGAUCAUGCUUGACCGGGCUGCUUGGUUCGAAACAGCUACCGACCCCGCUGGACUAAAUAUCGACGAAUUUCUCACUUUUCGACAUCCAGAACACUCACAUGUCUCGCUCCUCAAUAUGGUUACGCAAAUAAUUUCCGAUUUGGACACAGAUGGAGACGGAACUUUGAGCGAAGACGAAUUCUCGACCGUCGAUUCAAAAGAAACAGGCGGCAAUACAGAAAAAAAGACUGCUGAGAAAAAGGUGGAGUUUCAUACUGCUAUAGACGCGGAUCACGAUGGAAAGGUCACGUUGCAAGAGCUUCUUUUGUACAAUGACCCGAUGAACCCCAUUCAUGCAAAGAGGGAAGCUGAAGAAUUGAUUCGUAAGGCGGACACCAACAAGGACGGAAAACUUUCCACGAUCGAAGUUCUCGUGCAAGCAGCAACGUUUAUGGCUAGUAAGGCAGUGAAUGCAGCCAAAAAUAUUCAUGAGGAGUUCUAGAUGAUUAAUUUGAUAUGACACCAUAUCAUACUUAAUAAAAUUAUCCUUUUAAAAAUUCGCCGCACGACUGAAUUCAAUUUCUUUUUGUCGAAAAUUGUUAAUGAACAUCUUUCACUCAUGUCAGGGUUAAACAAUAAGGUUUCAAACACUUGAGGCAGAUUUGUUAAUUACGAAUCAAUUCAUCAAUUGAAAACAAACGUCUGAUGAGGCAUCUCUGUACCAUAAAUAUAUUACUUGUUUUGUGUAUUUUUGUUAUAGAUAUGUCUCUACUCCACAAUAGUAUACAAAAACUAGAAAAAUCGUAGCCGAAAGACCAAAUCUAGCCAUGCCAAAACCAAAAGUAAAUUCUAGCGAAAGGUCUUGUCGCUUGUUAACUGCCCGGAAAACAAUGAAAACGAAUCUUUAUCCAAGAAACUCAUAAUCGCUGUCAGAAAACAAUUUGUAAGCAAAGCGAGUCUGUGAGGUUUUGUAUCAAGAUGCGGCGCUGAUCAUCGUUCGCUUGUAGAUAGCUAUAUGAGAGAUUAGUUCAAUAAGAGCCGUGCACCUGUUGUUGCUUCUGCCCAUCAUUGGCAAAUAUAAUAUGUACAAGCUAAAGACCCGCACUGUUUAUUACCUUUGUAUAUAAUAAAGAUUAAGCAUGUAGUUAUUUACACAAGUAUGAUACGCUAAAGAAGCCAUGUUUCUUCUGAUGGGUUUAACUGCUCACCGAAAGAUCUCUUUGGAAUCUUACGUAUGAUGGGAUCCCAUGGUUAAUAAAAAUUUACAUAUGAAUAGCAUUGUUUCAAAAUAUGUAUACUAGCGUUACUUAAUGAGAAUAAGGGGAAAAAUAAGCUGUAGGUUGCUACAUGAUAUCUACAUAGCAGUAUAUUGGCGUUGUAUUUGGUAAAUUUUUGCACAAUUGUAAAAUGUUUGUUUAAAUAUAUUUUUGUACAGGGUGUUUUCCAAAAUGUUACCGAAACCAACAUAUUACUAAGAAAAAAGAAAACGCUCCCAAAUAACUACCUCAUUUUAUAACUUCAAGUUGUGAGGACUAAAAUUGUAGAAGAAUAUUUUUAAGGGCACCCUGACGAGCAUCCCUCCGUUUCCACUAUUAAUUUCUCCAUCAGUUAUGUUAACAGUAGAAGAUUCCCUGGACUCAGCACUCCCGUUAUUACAUGUGCACCUCUCUUCACACGCUUGCAUCUUCAAGAUUUUUUUCAUCAGGCUUUUUCUACUUUGAAAGGCCAUUAAUCAUCGAUCAUUGGUGAUCUCUUGAUAUCUCUUCUCGGUCCUAUUCAGUCGUCUCCAGUCGGAGAAAUAUCCUAGCUGCAAAAACCGGGACGAACUAUCAUAGACUCUAAACUAUCAUCGUUUCAGUACAUAGCUGUGCUGGGCAACAAGUGUAAGGUACUAUUACAAAGCUAGACGGUGAAUGAAUACGUAUAUAUAUGAUCGGCUUGGUGCAAUGCAUUGCAGUUUCACUUCAUAGUACGAGUUUGCCCAUCAAGUUUUUGGAUCAGGGAAAUCUAUGAUCUAGCAAUACUGGACUUUACUCCGUCAUGCAAAGCGGACCCGUACACUUGCAUAAGUGCCGUCUAAAUCACUUAGUGACAACUAAUCGUUAUCUAACAAGCCCUACGUCGUAUUCGUUCAUCAUAUUAUAUAAUGCAUCAACACUUUAUAGACCUUUCAUUCGGCUUCUGACAGUGCAACACAAACUCAACUACUUCUCUGACAUUAUGAACAGGGACUAGCAAGCGCACUCAUUAUCGCAUAGAUCUAAAUGCGUAGAUUUUUCGCGUUUUAUAAGCCAAAUUAGUAGAGAUACUUCAAGGAACAUUUUGCUUCAACGGGACUUUCUCUCGACGUUAAUCGCAGGUGUGCUGGAUCAUGGCCAGCCACCAUCACUAUUAGCCACUGAUGACUACCCAUAUCUAUAAACACAUUGACGAGAAGAGCACCGCUGUCGUCCGCAGGAAUGAUGCACCACAAAACCAAAAUUUCGCAAUUCACAGCACCAAACCAUCUGCUCACUAAAUACAAGACGAUAAAUCAAGUGUACAUGCAGGUGUCCCUUCUUCAACGCGUCUGCUUCUAGUCCAGCACUAGCGGGGAGCUUUGGCGCUCUUGACGAACGCUGUGUCCAAGAGUCUGAGAUCACUAUGGUACCGUAAUGUCAAGCCGCUAAUAGAACCUCAGCAGUAUUUAAAGUAAACCAGGUCCUGCACGAAAGCUCGACAGCAACAGUGUUAGGGCCAUUAAGAGUCGUACAGGGUAAUGCGGCUUUAUAAUAGUGUUUGCAGGACGCUGAUAGCCGAACGAACAGUUUAAGGCAAUGAGUGCACCGCAUGUUAAUUAGACGGUGAAUAGCGGUUGCAAUCUUUCACUAAACUAAACACAAUUUCGGGGAGAUUUGAUAAACGAAAACACAAUUCAAACGUUCAUGCAGGAUCGUAUCUGGCAUAAUGACUACUUUUGAUUGUACAAUUUAGGAGGCGGCGGCUGCCAAGUUGGACGCAGGCACAAUAGAAACUAAUUGCUUGAAUAGAUCUUUAAGGACACUAUGUGACGGUAGACCAAUGAUAGUUGUUUCUGUCGACGUAGGAAAAUCGAACAUCGGGGAAUGGAAUCCAGAGUAAAAAUGUGCCAUUUGGCAUAUCUAUAUGAUCAUAGAAGUCUGCUAGCUUUAACUCAAUGCUACUAAUAAACGUGAUGUAAUAUUUCACAAGGACGGA